AUGCCAUUUGCAGAUGUGGAUGAAGCAAUUCGAGCAAUUCAGGCCGACCCAAGCAACCUGGAAGCAGCACGUGCUUUGUUGGCCAACUUGAGUCCAACAGCAGCUGCAUCUGUGCUGCAGCUUGUCAGUAAAAGCGGUGUGCUGCCACCGCCCAUGAUGUCGGCACUUUCAACAUUCACAAAUCCAUCGUCAUCAACAUCAUCAUCAUCGCAAUCGCAUCCACGAGUCCAGAAUCAGCUGAGUGAAUUACUAGGACAACUUGCUUCAAUGGAUCCAAAAGGUAGUGUACUGUUCAGACCGAAAUACUAUGUAAAAUCAUCAUCAUCAUCAUAUGAGCAGCAACAACAGAACAACAGGUUUUACUGUGGGCUAUGA